AUGAAAAGGAGAAGCCCAGCGGAGACGACAACAAAGAACCAAAGCCCCAGGGUACCAGGACAGGCAGAUCCUGAGCUAAGGGCCUUGCUGGAGAUGGACAGCCGGAUUCCUUAUGAUGACUACCCGGUGGUUUUCCUGCCUGCCUAUGAGAAUCCCCCAGCAUGGAUUCCUCCUCAUGAGAGGGUAUACCACCCAGACUACAACAAUGAGUUGACCCAGUUUCUGCCCCGUAUCAUCACACUGAAGAAGCCCCCUGGAGCUCAGUUGGGAUUUAACAUCCGAGGAGGAAAGGCCUCCCAGCUAGGCAUCUUCAUCUCCAAGGUGAUUCCGGACUCUGAUGCACAUCGAGCAGGACUUCAGGAAGGGGACCAAGUCCUAGCUGUGAAUGAUGUGGAUUUCCAAGAUAUUGAGCACAGCAAGGCUGUUGAGAUCCUGAAGACAGCUCGAGAAAUCAGCAUGCGUGUCCGCUUCUUUCCCUUGGAUAAUUUGGAUUAUCACCGCCAGAAAGAGAGGACUGUGCACUAG